UUUCCUGUUUUGAAAUUCUUUUUCAUCCUAUACACAAUGAAUCUUUAAUACUUUAAGAAGUGUUUGAUUAAUCAGCAUAGACUGUAUAAAACUCUGGCCUUUGGGAAAUUGGAUGUCCAGCUCCUGGUUUAUAUUUCACUUUUUUUGUCUCCCACCCUUUCGUGCAGCUGCAUGACUUUGACUUUCAAGAUCCUCUUUCCACAAGCCCUCCGUGCACUCAGCCGUAAAGAACUGUGCCUAUUCCAAGAACAACAUCACUGGCCUAAUGUAAGACAUUUCAUCCAGUGGUCAGAAACAGAUCUGCUUCAUGGAUGCUGCCUCCUCCAGAGAAAAAAGCCUGUUCUAUCAUUCCAGGAAGGCUAUCUGAGAUCACGUGCCACCUGCUUUGUUUUCUUGCCAGGGUUGCAUGUGGGACUCUGCAGUGGCCCCUGUGAGAUGGCUGAGCAACGAUUCUGUGUGGACUAUGCCAAGCGUGGUACAGCUGGCUGCAAAAAAUGCAAGGAAAAGAUUGUGAAAGGCGUGUGCCGAAUUGGCAAAGUGGUGCCCAAUCCCUUCUCAGAGUCUGGGGGUGAUAUGAAAGAGUGGUACCAUAUUAAAUGCAUGUUUGAGAAACUGGAACGAGCCCGGGCCACCACAAAAAAAAUUGAGGACCUCACAGAGCUGGAAGGCUGGGAAGAGCUGGAAGAUAGUGAGAAGGAACAGAUAACCCAGCACAUUGCAGAUCUAUCUUCUAAGGCAGCAAGUACCCCAAAGAAGAAGACUGUCAUCCAGGCUAAGUUAACAACCACUGGCCAGGUGACAUCUCCAGUGAAAGAUGCCUCGUUUGUCACCAAUACCAAUCCCCGGAAAUUUUCUGGAUUUUCAGCCAAGCCCAACAACUCUGUGGAAGCGCCCUCAAGGCCUACCCCUAAGACAAGUCUGUCUUCAAGCAAAUGUGACCCUAAGCACAAGGAUUGUCUGCUGCGGGAGUUUCGGAAGUUAUGUGCCAUGGUGGCUGAUAAUCCUAGCUAUAAUACGAAGACCCAGAUCAUCCAGGACUUUCUGCGGAAAGGCUCAGCAGGAGAUGGUUUCCACGGUGAUGUGUACCUAACAGUGAAGCUGCUGCUGCCAGGUGUCAUUAAGAGUGUUUACAACUUGAAUGAUAAGCAGAUUGUGAAGCUUUUCAGUCGCAUUUUUAACUGCAACCCAGAUGAUAUGGCACGGGACCUAGAGCAGGGUGACGUGUCAGAGACAAUCAGAGUCUUCUUUGAGCAGAGCAAGUCUUUCCCCCCAGCUGCUAAGAGCCUCCUUACCAUCCAGGAAGUGGAUGAAUUCCUCCUGCAACUCUCCAGACUUACCAAGGAGGAUGAGCAGCAACAGGCCCUGCAGGACAUCGCCUCCAGGUGUACAGCCAAUGACCUUAAGUGCAUCAUCAGGUUGAUCAAACAUGAUUUGAAGAUGAACUCAGGUGCAAAACACGUGUUAGACGCCCUUGACCCCAAUGCCUAUGAAGCCUUCAAAGCCUCACGCAACCUGCAGGAUGUGGUGGAGCGUGUCCUUCGCAAUGAGCAGGAGGUAGAGAAGGAGCCAGGCCGGAGACGGGCUCUGAGCGUCCAGGCCUCACUGAUGACGCCUGUGCAACCCAUGCUGGCUGAAGCCUGCAAGUCCAUCGAGUACGCAAUGAAGAAGUGUCCUAAUGGCAUGUUCUCUGAGAUCAAGUAUGAUGGUGAGCGAGUCCAGGUGCAUAAGAAUGGGGACCACUUCAACUACUUCAGUCGCAGCCUCAAGCCUGUCCUGCCUCACAAGGUGGCCCAUUUUAAGGACUACAUCCCCCAGGCUUUUCCCGGGGGCCAUAGCAUGAUCUUGGACUCUGAGGUGCUCCUGAUUGACAACAAGACAGGCAAACCACUGCCCUUUGGGACUCUGGGAGUACACAAGAAAGCUGCCUUCCAAGAUGCUAAUGUCUGCCUGUUUGUGUUUGAUUGUAUCUACUUCAAUGAUGUCAGCUUGAUGGACAGGCCUCUAUGUGAGCGGCGGAAGUUUCUUCAUGACAACAUGGUUGAAAUUCCAAACCGGAUCAUGUUCUCAGAAAUGAAGCAAGUCACAAAAGCUUCAGACUUGGCUGACAUGAUAAACCGGGUGAUCCAGGAGGGCUUGGAAGGGCUGGUGCUGAAGGACGUGAAGGGCACAUAUGAGCCUGGGAAGCGGCACUGGCUGAAAGUGAAGAAAGACUAUUUGAACGAGGGGGCCAUGGCCGACACAGCUGACCUGGUGGUCCUUGGGGCCUUCUAUGGGCAAGGGAGCAAAGGCGGCAUGAUGUCGAUCUUCCUCAUGGGCUGCUACGACCCUGGCAGCCAGAAGUGGUGCACAGUCACCAAGUGUGCAGGAGGCCAUGAUGAUGCCACACUCGCCCGCCUGCAGAAGGAACUGGACAUGGUGAAGAUCAGCAAGGAUCCCAGUAAGAUACCCAGCUGGCUGAAGAUCAACAAGAUCUACUAUCCUGACUUCAUCGUCCCAGACCCAAAGAAAGCUGCCGUGUGGGAGAUCACAGGGGCUGAAUUCUCCAAAUCUGAGGCUCAUACAGCUGAUGGGAUCUCUAUUCGAUUCCCUCGCUGCACCCGAAUCCGUGAUGAUAAGGACUGGAAAUCUGCCACUAACCUCCCCCAACUCAAGGAGCUAUACCAGCUAUCCAAGGAAAAAGCCAACAUUACUGUAGUGGCGGAUGAUGAGGGGGGCUCCCCUACAGGGGGCAGCACCGGAGAGAACAAGGGCACCUGGGGAUCUGCUGUGGCCCGCAAGGCCCCCAAAGCCUCCCCCAGCAAGCUGCCGGCCAAGAAAGCAGAAGGGAAGCCAAGUAGCCCCAACAGCAAAGAUGGCAACAUGCUGACCACAAAGCCGUCCCCUGCGAAGGUGGGAGAGAAGCUAGCUGUGCAGUCUUCUCCAGUGAGAGUGGGGAAGAAGCGGAAAGCUGCUGCUGAGACCCUGUGCCAAACAAAGGUGCUGCUGGAUAUCUUCACUGGGGUGCGGCUCUUCUUGCCACCCUCCACACCAGACUUCAGCCGUCUAAGACGCUACUUUGUAGCAUUCGACGGGGACCUGGUACAAGAAUUUGACAUGGCUUCAGCCACACAUGUGCUGGGUAGCAGGGACCAGGACCUUGAGGCCCAGCAGGUCUCCUCAGAGUGGAUUUGGGCAUGUAUCCGGAAAAGGAGACUGGUAGCUCCCUGCUAGGCCUACUGUCUUCCCUCUGCCUCAGGCCAUAUCUGCCUUAUCAUACUGCUGGACCAGGUUCAGGCUGGAAGCAAGUAGACAGAGGAACAGGUUUGGGGCAGUGGGCUCGCUUCUCUAAAACCCACCAGUUCUCCAUGGUCUCUGCUGGACCAGGAAUUAGUUGCUGUGGGUACCAUAAGUGAAGUCAGUUUCUCUAGCUGGCUUAAACAGACCUUUCAGAUCAGGGUGCUGGCUUUGUCAUCUUUGUUUUCUUUGAAAAGAAGCCUAGUUUUUUGUUUUUUUUUUUAAAUAAAUGAAUAUCUUGUAGUUCUCUGUUCUUUCCCCACCUGCACCCCUACAAUUUCCCUAGUGAUGAAAGGAGUAGAGGCUGGGCUAUUGAAGUUGUGUCCACAAAGCCUUCUCUCCUCUUCUUGCCUGCCUUUGUACUCUCAAGCUCAUCUUAUUAUAUUUAAAAGACUACCCUCAAAAAUGCUUCUUUUCUUUCGCAAAACGUAUAUUCAGCGUGGCUUCCUUUGCCAGGAAUGAACCCUUACUUGAAAGAAAACAAAAUGAACUUUUAUGAUUUUA